AUGGCGGCGGCAGGUCCGAGUACGCGGGCCUCUUCCGCGGCGGCAGCGGCGGCUCUCAGUCGGCGGGGCCGACGGGGCCGCUGUGACGAGAUGGCGGCAGCCAAGACUGGGGCCCCGGGCGCAGCCUCUGGCCCCGCGCUGCUGGUGUUGCCACCACCGCUGCUGCAGCCGCCGCCACCGCCGCGGCCGGAGGAGUCGGGCUGCGCCGGGUGCUUGGAGACCCCGGGGGAAGCGGCGGCCCUGCCGUGCGGCCACUCGCUGUGCCGAGGCUGCGCCCAGCGCGCCGCCGACGCGGCGGGCCCGGGUUGCCCCAGCUGCAGAGCCCGCGGCCCUACUUGGGCCCGCCGUCGGGCCCGCGACGACGGCCAGGCCGACGCGGAGGUGCAGGGCGAGCGCGCCCGCCGCGGCCAGCCGGAGCGCUGCCGCCCGCGCCGGGACGGGGGCGCGGCCGCCGCGGGGCCCAGGCCGGAGCAGGAGCCGCGCGCCGGGGCCGCAGAGCCAGAGUUUAUAUUCAGAGCACCAAUCAAAUUAAGCAAGCCUGGGGAACUUCGUGAGGAAUAUGAAAGCCUGAGAAAGCUGAGAGAAGAAAAGUUACAAGAGGAGAAAACCUCUGAAGAUCAAAUCCACAAGCUGUUAUCAGAGGAUAUGGAAACGGGGAAAAGGAAAAUGGAUGACCAGAAGAAGAGAGAUGAGCCAUUAGCACUGAAGACAGAUCUGGAACAUUGUCCUGCACGCCUCUCAGAUUCGGAGAACGAAGAACCUUCCCGAGGCAAGAUGACACAGACCCAUCGUUCCGCAUUUGUUUCCAAGAACAACUCCUACUCCUUAGCUUUCCUGGCAGGGAACUUAAAUUCCAAGGUGGAAAGGAGUCAGAGCUGCAGUGACACUGCUCAAGACAGAGCAAAGAGCCGACUCCGAGCAGCCCCAACCAGCAAAACCAAGGUCACAGCUAUGGCCCCAGGCUCCAACCCCAUCAUUGGCGUCCUCCUGUCCACUCAGAACAACCGCUGCCUCUCGGCCCCGGACUUAACUGUGGAAAAACGUCUCCCCUUCAGUUCCCUCUCAUCCUUGGCUUCUCUGCAUAAGCCAGAGCGCUCCAUCAGUCCUGAGAGCAACGACAGCAUCUCUGAGGAGCUAAACCAUUUCAAGCCCAUUGUCUGCUCACCCUGUACUCCUCCCAAGAGACUCCCCGAUGGCCGGGUGCUCAGUCCCCUCAUCAUCAAAUCAACACCCCGCAACCUCAACAGAAGCCUGCAGAAGCAGACUUCUUAUGAGGCUAGCCCAAGGAUCCUCAAAAAGUGGGAACAGAUCUUUCAGGAGCGGCAGAUCAAAAAGACCCUUUCGAAAGCCACCCUCACGUCCCUGGCUCCAGAAACAGGGGAAGACGUAGUAGUGUCCGAAGUUACCCAUUCGAGCAAGGAAAAGCCACCUCUGGCUUUCCAGACGAGACUGGCGGGUGGGCAGGCCGUCUCUGCGUGUGCCGGAACCACCCCCACUGGCCUCGAUUCUUUCCCCUCCGUGAGCCAAACAAAAGUGGAAGCCGGCACUGAGAGUAAAAGGAGCCCCGAUGUUGCAUCAGAAACCCGCUGCUCUUCACAACCGCCUGUGGGCGCCAGUGGGACUUCCUCAGAGAGAGAGCGGGAGGAAGGGCCGGGGCCCACCCCAGAGGCCAAGUUAGACAGCACCUGUCAGAGCACAACCGUGAAAAACCCGGUGGUUCAUUCCGCGCUACCCAAAAAUAGCGUUCUGGGGGCGGUCCUCAAAACAAAGAAGCAGCUGAAGACCGCGAAUCAUUUUGACCUGCCCAAUGGUGUGCUGGCAGACAACCUCGGCGAGGAGCCCCUUCCUUCCUUGCGCCGGGGCCGGAAAAGACACUGUAAGACCAAGCACUUGGAACAGAAUGGCUCCCUGAAGAAACUGCGGCCAAGCGGCGGGGAGGCGGGCCCAGCCCUGCGGGAGAUGGAGCAGAAGCUGCGGCAGGAGGAGGAGGACCGGCGUCUGGCCCUGCAACUGCAACGCAUAUUCGACAGCGAGAGGCGGACUGUGAGCCGGCGGAAAGGGAGCGUGGAUCAGUAUCUCCUGAGGUCCAGCCACGUGGCCGGGGCCAAGUAGUGCCCCAGGAACAUGUGACCUGUUUUCACGAGGUCUCUGGACCUAAUCAUCUAUCCUGAAGAGCUGAGUGUUCUCACUUUGGGUUUCUUUUCACGGCAAAACGCUGUCUGCUACGGUUUGGAGAGGUCCCAGGACCUUUGUGGUCUCUGUCCACGGAUGCUGUGUCUCUGCCUCUUGGUGACGGAGGCCAGAAGCACGCCUCACCCCUAAGAGACCCCCAGCCCUGAGGGCUUCUGGGCCAGAUCUGGCUGCACCCACUUGGAACGAGAUGCAGGAGCACAGGGGCCAGAGUUAGAGAUGGUAGUGGAGGCAGGGGAUACCUUCUGAAACGGACAGAUCUCCUGACUUCUUUCAACAGGGUGUUAUUUUAAAUCAGCCUUGCAGAUAAAAAGGAGUUCCCUCCCACUUAGAGAAGUGGAGCGGUGUCGCUCUCUGGCAGAUCCCAAAAGAUCAUGUUCCCCCUUUUCCUUACCGUGCUGCAAGUAAAUACAUCUAAUGAAAUCAGUUGAGUUUACCCUACUACAAAAGUUUACCUUCCCCGUGUAAAAACUAACAUUGGAUUAAUGCUCUGUAGUCGACAGACCACAUUCACGGUCAUCGUUCAGUCUGGUCUUCCCAGGAGCCUCACCUGUAAGUGGGAUCAGUGCCAUUUUCGAGGCUGUAACUGCAGGGCGGACGUUCAGGUCCUGUCCUUCACUAAGUGGCAUAGCCCAGCUGACUGCUGGGGCUCCUGACAACAGAUCGCAGAGAUUUUUCACACUAACACGUUCAGUAGGUUGCCAUAAGGGACAGCAACCCAGGGGCCUGCCAGGGGAGCCUAGGGAAAGCUGACCGAGCAUUUGAGUACUGAUUGUGUAAGAUCCAAGGCAGAGAAUUGAGAUCGAUGAGAACCAUAAAGUACUGUGCAGAUAUCCACCCUUCUCUGCCUGCCGGGCCCCCCACUUUACAGCUUUCUGUUUUCUGGGUGGGGGUGGGGGGGUGGAGUGGAGGGGAUUCCACCUUGUGAGACAAACUACAGUUGAACUUCGUUAUUACUCUCCACAUGUCCAAGGGUUAUCUGCAAUGUUGAUCUAAAAUCCCCCCACAUUUGCCCAGAAGUCAGGCAAGAGUGAUGCUGAAACUCCAUACUGUGGAAACAAGGUAUCUGGCUGGAUGCAGCUAGUAAAUUCAGUCCCAUGGACCUUUGGGGUUUACUUUCCUUAGGAGCUGACACCAUGUGUCUUUUGCAUCCCUGGUGGUGCUUGGUGCUUCUGCCCGUCUGGGCUCAUUGAGAAUAGGGAUUAAGAGAUGAUUUUAGGGAAUCUCAGAUGGGCUGGCAUUCCCUGUGCAUGUACGAGCUGUUCCUAUAAAGUCAUGUGACUGGCAAUUUAA